GGGGGAGGAAAAAAAGGGGGAGGAAAAAAAGGGGGAGGAAAAGUUGAUGAAAAAAGAGGAGCAAAACAAGGAAGGGACAACACAGCAGAUUGUAGAAAAGGAGGAAAAGCAAGUGGAGAAAAAGGAAGAGAAAAAGAAGGAAACUUCUGAGGUCAAAGGCAAGGCGGCAGACGCUGGAAAGAAGGAGGAAGAAAAGGUUGACAAGAAGGUGGCAAAGAAAAAAGAAAAAGAAGAGAAAUUAAAGAAGAAAGAGGAGGAGAAAGCAAAAAGGAAAGCAGAGGAAGAAGAGAGGAUAAAAAAGAGGGAAGAGGAAAAAGCAAAGAAGAAAGAAGAAGAAAAAGCCAGAGAAGCCGAGAGAGCGAAGAAGAAAGAGGAGGAAAAAGCUAAGAAGAAAGAAGAGGAGAAAACAAAAGAGGAAAAAGCAAAAACAAAAGAAGAGGAAAAACCAAAAGAGGAGUUGAAGAAAAAAGAAGACGAAAAGGUGAAAGAAGAAACCCCAGGAAGCCUGACCUUGAUGGAAAAGAGGUAUUACAGACUUUCAGAGGUGCUGUAG